AUGCAGGCCAACGCGUCCAAGCCACUAGCACCUGUAAGCCGCGCAGAUCUGCAGAAGACAAAGGACGAAGGACAACGACUUGUAUGCAUAACUGCCUUUGACCUGCCUACAGCGCUUUCUGUGCGUGCAGCCGGGGCGGAUAUGUGUCUUGUGGGUGAUUCACUAGCGAACGUAGCGCUUGGUUAUGCGUCGACUCGCUCUCUUACCCUGGAUGCCUCAAUCCACCAUGCUAAAACAGUAUACCAGGCAAUCCAUGCCGCCGCCCUGCAAUAUGAUGCACGAUGCCCUCGAGCGCCAAUGGUGAUUGCGGACAUGCCCUUUGGGUCGUGUACCCAAGACCUUACCACGUCCGUACAGAACGUCAUUCGCGUUGUGAAAGAGACUCAAGCAGGCGCCGUAAAAAUUGAAGGCUCGCAUGAAAUUAUACCACUAAUCAAGCAGCUAACAGAGCUUGGCAUUGACGUGAUGGGGCACAUUGGUUUGCAGCCACAGAGAUUUAGCGAUGCGUCAGGGUUUCGUGUACAGGGCAACACUGCCGAAAGUGCGCUGGAGCUGGUAAAAAUAGCUCAGGCGCUGGAAGAAGCUGGCUGCUUUUCUAUGGUGCUAGAGUGUAUGCCAGCCAAGGUCGGUGCGGCGAUCAGCGAGCGUGUUCGCAUUCCUACGAUCGGGAUCGGCGCUGGUCCUUAUACGCAUGGCCAAGUUCUCGUGUGUAGCGAUAUUGCAGGUGAUCUUGCCAGCCCUGCCCAUGUCUCUGCGGUGCUUGCGGGCUUGGAAGAAGCAUCGUCCUCGCCAUCGACGGCUAUGCCGGCGCCGCCGCAAUGGCCAGCGCCGCCACGGUUUGUACGCACGUUCUCGCAACCGCAGCUGGGUGUGCAUCGAAUUAUGGCGAUGCGUGCAUUUGCCGAGGCUGUGCGUGAUGGCACAUUCCCUGAUCCAGCUGUGGAGUCGUAUCGCAUCAAGUCAGAGGAAUGGGCGAAAUUUCAAUCCCUGGUAGCGUCCGUAGCACCUUACGCCGGCGCAGGGCCCACCUGGGUAAAUGCACAGAUUCCGCACUUGCAAGGCGUGGUAUCGCCGUCAUCGCCGUGCAUACAAAAGGGCAAUGCGCUUACGUGGAAAGUGAACGAUGAGGGCGCGAUAGAAUGCUGGGCGAUUAUUGCGCCUUCUGCUGAGACAGGAGGCCAGGUGCGUGCGGCUCUUCUGAAUAUCUUGCUAGGUCGUGUACGACCACGGCGCGCUGAGAAGCCCGAGCAACGACAUGAUACAGUACAUCCUUUCCUUACACAAUUAUCGCAAACGGAGUCAACGACUCAUCGCCCGAUAGCUCACGUCGCCUUCGAGACGCGAACGGGUGGCAACGGUGCCUUUGUUGACUUUUCUGUACGAUAUGGCUCCAUACGCGAUCAGGACCGCGUUACGUUGUGGGAACAUUUGAUGGAGUCGUGCGGUGUAUACACAGGUGCUAUUGCGCGCCAACAUAUGCGUCCCGAUCCGCUUGCACCUGUGGAUACUGAUACCACAGGCCUACUUAAGUGGGAGAGUAAGGCCUUGGAAAAUAAGAAACGUGCGGAGGCGGAACAGGUACGGGAUCGCAUAAUGGCCAUGGCACCGUCCCUGUCACUGGACAGUUUAUUGGACCGCCCUGUUGUGGCCUUGUCAAAUGGGCAGACGCGACGUGCCCGUAUUUUACGUGCCCUCCUGGGCGGCGCUGAAUUUGUUGUGAUGGACGAGCCAUUCACAGGGCUGGAUGUGCCUACACGCGCGUCACUCUCCCAGCUGCUGGGCACGCUCCAUGCACGACGCCGGCCACGUCUGUGUGUGUUUUUGCGUGAGCAGGAUACGGUCCCCUCCUUUGUGACACACAUCCUCCGUGUGGACGAGGAUGGGUACAUUACGCAGCUAGGUGAUAAGACCAAGACGACCCCGCUGCUUACAUCGGCGUCCAGCACGACGCGAUACGCGCUUGGCGGCUAUGACCUUGUGAAGGAAAACCAUGCGCGGGGCUUAGGUGUUGGACAGACCGCCGCUGAGACAAUCGUAUCUAUGCACAACGUCUCGAUUGAGUAUGGCGGCGUCCCUGUGCUACGUAAUGUGACGUUGGCGCUGCAUCCCGGCACGCGUAUGGUGCUCAUGGGCGACAAUGGCAGCGGCAAAACGACGUUGCUUUCCCUUCUACUAGGUGACAAUCCUCGGUCGUUUGCGUUGCCUGCCUCGAUGCUGCGUAUGUGGGGCGCAGCUCGUGAUGCGCCGUCCAAUGCGCAUGUCUUGCUGCAGCGACGCAUAGGCCACUUAUCCCCCGAACUCUUUAAUGUGUUCCCCCGGCAGCACCUUGAUGCCGGCGGGCUCAGUGUAGCUGAUGCUAUUGCGUCAGGUUUCCAUGGUAUCUUUACCAAGCGCUCGCGUACGCCGGCGCAGGAGGCGAGAGUGCUGUCCCUUGUCCGUAUGUUUGCGCAGGAGCUAUGGCAGGAAGGCCCUGCCGGUGGCAAUGCAAUGCCCCGUGCCCAUGACAUUGCAGAGAUGGCCUUUACAAGCCUCCCCCAUGGCGCCCAAGCACUCGUUUUGCUCCUUCGUGCCAUGGUUCAUCGUCCCGCCUUGCUCGUACUCGACGAGCCGUUCCAAGGCAUGAGCGCACAGCAAUGUGCAAAGGCACGUGCGUUCCUUGACGCGCAAUCGCCCAACGAUGCAAUGUCCACGUCAUGGCUCUGGGAUGAGCUGGCCAACGAGGAGGAACGUGCCGCAGAACAGGCAUGGCGGGAACGUAUGGCGAUGGUCGUCGUAAGUCACUACGAGACAGAAUGGCCUCGGUCGUGUGGGCGUUUCCUCCGUCUUUCCCAAGGACACGUCACCGAGCAAUGGUAA